CAGCAGCGCCACCACACACACACACAGAGAGAGAGAGAGAGCACGAGCGCUAGUGAGAAUGGAGCGGAGAAUAAUCCCGGCUGCGUUAUAAUAACUACAGCCAAGUCCCACAACCGGAAAGAGGAAAGAAAGCCACAAAUCACUACAUAUCGUGCAGGAAAGAGAAUACAAGCCGCCGCCAUGCGCUGAGAAGCAGCAGGAUCAGCAGCGAGAACAGCGGAGGAGCACCAUGGGCGCAGUGCUGCGGACUCUCCUUCUCUGUACUUUUUGUUUCCAGAUCCGCGCCGUGCCUUUCCUCCUGUACGCCAACAGGCGUGACUUGCGGUUGGUGGAUGCAGCCAAAGGACGAAGCGCCAAUGCUACGGUGGUGGUGAGCGGCCUGGAGGACGCAGCGGCCGUGGACUUCAUCUACAGCAGUGGUCUGAUCUACUGGAGCGAUGUGAGCGAGGAGGCCAUCAAACGGGCCGUCUUCAAUGGCUCAGGCUCCGGUGCCCAGAGCACGGUGGUGUCGGGUCUGGCAUCGCCCGACGGUCUGGCGUGUGACUGGUUGGGGAGUAAACUUUACUGGACAGACUCGGAAACAAACCGCAUCGAGGUGGCCGAGCUUGACGGGACGCUCAGGAAAGUUCUGUUCUGGCAGGAUCUGGACCAGCCGAGAGCCAUCGCUCUGGAUCCGAGCAGAGGGUAUAUGUACUGGACAGACUGGGGGGAGAUCCCGAAGAUCGAAAGGGCAGGUAUGGAUGGCACGCAUCGAGCCGUGAUCAUCGACAGCGAGAUCUACUGGCCUAACGGGCUCACGCUAGACUACAGCCAGCAGAAGCUUUACUGGGCCGAUGCCAAAUACAACUUUAUUCAUCGCUCCAGUCUGGAUGGCACUGAGAGAGAGGUGGUAGUGAAGGGUGCUCUACCACACCCCUUUGCCCUAACGCUGUACGAAGAGACACUCUUCUGGACUGACUGGAAUACACACUCCAUCCACUCGUGCCAGAAGCAGACAGGAGAGGAGCGCCGCGAGAUCCACUCCAACAUCUUCUCGCCCAUGGACAUUCACGUCUUCAGCCAAAAGAGACAGCUCACAGACGUGACGAGUCCAUGCUCUGUGAAAAAUGGUGGCUGUUCGCACCUGUGCCUGCUUUCUCCGGUGAAGCCGUUCUACCAGUGCGCCUGUCCCACUGGCGUACAGCUGCUGGAGAACAACAAGACCUGCCGAGACGGAGCCACAAAGCUGCUUCUCCUGGCGCGGCGCACAGACCUACGGCGCAUCUCCCUGGACAUGCCUGACUUCACCGACAUCGUUUUGCACGCCGAGGACAUCCGGCACGCCAUCGCCAUCGACUACGAUCCUGUAGACGGCCAUGUCUAUUGGACGGACGAUGAAGUGCACGCGAUCCGCCGCUCUCGGUUGGAUGGCAGCGAUGCACAGCUGCUCGUCACAUCGCAAGUGAGUCACCCGGACGGCAUUGCCGUGGACUGGGUUGCGCGCAACCUCUAUUGGACCGACACGGGCACCGAUCGCAUCGAAGUGACGCGUCUCAAUGGUACUAUGAGGAAGAUCCUGAUUUCUGAGGACCUGGAUGAGCCUCGGGCUAUCGUCCUGGAUCCUGUCUCUGGAUACAUGUACUGGACUGACUGGGGCGAGAACCCGAAGAUCGAGCGUGCGACUCUCGACGGAACUGAGCGAGUUGUGAUGGUGAACACUUCCCUGGGGUGGCCCAACGGCCUGGCGCUCGACUAUGCAGAGAAUAAAAUCUACUGGGGAGAUGCGAAGACUGAUAAGAUAGAGAUGAUGAACAUGGAUGGAACUGGUCGCAGGAUCUUAGUCGAGGACAAACUUCCACACAUAUUUGGUUUCACCCUCUUGGGCAACUACAUUUACUGGACAGACUGGCAGCGGCGGAGCAUCGAGCGUGUGCACAAAUACACCGCUGAACGGGAAGUGAUCAUCGACCAACUGCCUGACCUCAUGGGGCUGAAGGCCACCUACGUCAACCAGACUUUCGGGACGAAUGCGUGCGCCGAGAACAAUGGUGGCUGUAGUCAUCUGUGCCUGUAUAGGCCACAGGGUGUUUCAUGCGCUUGUCCCAUCGGCCUUGAGCUCAUGGGUGACAUGAGCACGUGCAUCGUCCCGGAAGCCUUCCUGCUCUUCUCGCGUCACACUGAUAUCCGGCGCAUCUCCCUCGAAACCAACAACAACAACGUCGCCAUCCCGCUCACUGGUGUCAAGGAGGCAUCGGCGCUCGACUUCGACGUUACCGACAACCGCAUCUACUGGACCGACAUCACGCUGAAGACCAUCAGCCGAGCAUUCAUGAACGGCAGUGCCCUGGAGCAUGUGGUCCAGUUUGGUCUGGACUACCCAGAAGGCAUGGCGGUGGACUGGCUGGGCAAGAACCUGUACUGGGCUGACACUGGCACCAACCGCAUUGAGGUGGCAAAGCUGGAUGGCCAGCACAGACAGGUUCUGGUGUGGAAAGAUCUGGACAGUCCACGAGCUCUAGCACUGGAUCCUGCUGAAGGUUUCAUGUACUGGACCGAGUGGGGUGGGAGACCCAAGAUUGACCGCGCAGCCAUGGAUGGAACUGGACGCAUCACACUGGUGCCCAGUGUGGGUCGUGCCAACGGGCUCACUAUCGACUACGCUGAGAGGCGGCUCUACUGGACUGACCUGGAUACCACGCUUAUUGAAUCUUCCAACAUGCUUGGUCUCGAGCGUGAAGUGAUCGCAGAUGACUUGCCCCACCCUUUUGGUCUCACGCAAUACCAAGAUUACAUUUACUGGACGGACUGGAGCCAGCGCAGCAUCGAGCGUGCUAACAAAACCAGCGGGCAGAACCGCACACUCAUCCAGGGCCAUCUGGAUUACGUCAUGGACAUCCUGGUGUUCCAUUCAUCACGUCAGGGAGGCUGGAAUGCCUGCGCCUCUACCAACGGCCACUGCUCGCACCUGUGCCUGGCCGUGCCCAUCAGCAGUUACGUGUGUGGCUGCCCAGCGCAUUACUCACUCAACGACGACAAUAAGACCUGCAGCGCGCCCACCUCUUUCCUACUGUUCAGCCAGAAGUCCGCUAUUAAUCGCAUGGUAAUGGAUGAGCAGCAGAGCCCUGACAUCAUCCUACCCAUUCACAGCCUCCGCAACGUGCGGGCCAUCGACUACGACCCGCUCGACAAGCAGCUCUACUGGAUCGACACCAAGCAGAACGUCAUCCGUCGUGCCCAGGAGGACGGCAAUCAGAGUAUGACCGUGGUGUCCAACACAGUGGGGAGCCACAAUCUGGGCCUGCAGCCAUUUGACCUGAGCAUCGACAUCUACAGCCGCUUCAUCUACUGGACCAGCGAGGUGACCAACGUAAUUAACGUGACGCGCCUUGAUGGCUCACGUGUUGGAGUGGUGCUCCGUGGAGAGCACGACAAACCCCGCGCCAUUGUAGUUAACCCCGAGAGAGGGUACAUGUACUUCACCAACCUGCAGGAGCGCUCUCCUAAGAUCGAGCGGGCAGCUCUGGACGGCACUGAGCGAGAGGUGCUGUUCUUCAGUGGCCUGAGCAAACCUGUCGCCCUCGCUAUCGACAACGAGCUGGGCAAGCUCUUCUGGGCCGACAUGGACCUACGUCGCAUCGAGAGCAGUGAUCUAUCUGGCGCCAAUCGGAUUGUGAUUGAGGACUCCAACAUACUUCAGCCGGUGGGCCUGACGGUGUUCGGGAAUCACCUCUACUGGAUCGAUCGGCAGCAGCAGAUGAUUGAGCGCAUUGACAAGACGACGCGCGAGGGCCGCACGAAAAUCCAAGCUCGUAUUACUGCGCUUACAGACAUCCACGCAGUCCACGAGCUUCAUAUGGACGAAUAUAAUAAACACCCAUGUACCCUAGACAACGGAGGAUGCUCCCACAUCUGUAUAGUGAAGGGAGAUGGUACAACCCGCUGCUCCUGCCCUGUUCACCUGGUCCUUCUGCUCGACGAACUUUCCUGUGGAGAGCCGCCCACAUGUUCCCCUGAGCAGUUCUCGUGCACCUCAGGAGAGGUGGACUGCAUCCCGCAGGCCUGGCGCUGUGACGGAUAUGUCGAGUGUAAAGACGAAAGCGAUGAGCACGACUGCCCCGUGUGCUCAGACGACGAGUUUCAGUGCGACAGCAAGCAGUGUGUAGACCGUUCGCUGCGCUGCAACGGAGAGAUCAACUGCCAGGACCGCUCGGACGAGAACAAGUGCGAUGUUCAGUGCCCUCGGGAUCAGUUCACCUGUAACAACGGUCAGUGCAUUGGCAAACACAAGAAGUGUGACCACAACAUGGACUGCGCAGACAACUCUGAUGAAAUUGGCUGCUACCCCACAGAGGAGCCUUCGCCCCAGCCCACCAACACCAUCAGCUCCAUCGUCGGCGUCGUGAUGACGCUGUUUGUUGUGGGCGCCGUGUACUUUGUGUGCCAGCGCGUCCUGUGCCCGCAGAUGAAGGACGACGGCGAGACCAUGACCAACGAUUUUGUCGUGCACGGCCCGUCCUCUGUGCCGCUGGGCUACGUGCCGCAUCCGAGCUCCCUGUCCGGCUCACUUCCAGGCAUGUCUCGUGGGAAGUCUGUGAUCGGCUCUCUGAGCAUUAUGGGUGGAAGCAGUGGACCGCCGUACGAUCGUGCUCACGUAACGGGUGCUUCCUCCAGCAGCUCGUCCAGCACUAAGGGCACUUACUUUCCUCCUAUCCUGAACCCUCCUCCGUCUCCAGCUACAGUGCGCUCUCAGUACACCAUGGAGUUUGGCUACUCGUCCAACAGUCCCUCCACACACCGCUCGUACAGCUACAGACCGUACAGCUACCGACACUUCGCUCCUCCAACCACACCGUGCAGCACAGACGUAUGUGACAGCGACUACACGCCAGGCCGCAGAGCACAGCCCGUCUCCUCCAUCGUCAUAGCCAAGGGCUACGCAAGUGACGCCAACUACGACUCGGAGCCGUUCCCGCCCCCUCCCACGCCCCGCAGUCAGUACCUGUCAGCUGAGGAGAACUGCGAAAGCUGCCCACCCUCACCGUACACAGAGCGCAGCUACUCGCAGCACCUUUACCCUCCGCCACCCUCGCCCUGCACCGACUCAUCCUGAGCCCCAUCAAUCACAUCCAUAACCCCGCCCAGCCAUCUCAAUCGGUGUAAAUAGCAUUUGUGCAUAGAAUGAAUGACUUUUUUUUUUAAAUAAAGAAGAAAGACUGAUGUGUAUGUUGUUCUGUAAAGAACAAACCAGUUUUUAGGGAAAAAGACACUUUGGCGUGCAGAGGUGGCGGAUACUUGUAAAAGAAAAGAAAGCAUAUUUAUAUAUUUUCUAUACAGCGUUAUGGAAAUGUUAUGGUUAUGCCAUAGAGCUUUGUAUUGCUAAAAGAAAAAAAAAAUUUGUACAUUUUUUUAAACAGAAGAAAGUUUUAUUAAAUUCACAGACAUCAUGUUGCCUUAAUCUGAGAGUGCGUAAUCAGGCUACCUGUUAUGAGGCUGAAGCACUCGUGGGAAACGUGGGGAGAGGAGGAGUGCAGGUUGUCACAAUUUUUCUGAUGCCAAAAAAAAAAAAAAACCCUUAACCAACAAGGCGGAGAAGGAGAAAUGGAGCCUCCUUGUGGCUCUCAGUGGCAUUACACCAGUCAGCUCUGUUCACUGGGGCCAUUUUGUCUGAAGCUCAACCACUAGAUCUUCUGAUCAGCCAGUCCACCUAGAGCUCUCCUACAAGCUUAAAGAACAGCACGUUGCUUCUGGUGACCUUUUCCACCUCGUCGUUGCGUUGUAUUUUUGUAAAGUGCAGCACGGCUCUACUGGAAAACAAAAAGCUAACAGAAAUGUAGCAAUAAGAAGACAACAGACGGUCAGGCAGAUGUGUGGUGCUGCUGAUUUAAUCCUUUCGGCUCUAAAAGCGAGCUCCAGGACAGACGAGGAAACACCACUCUACAGUCUCGAGCAAAUAACCAAAAUCUUCACUUUUGCCUCAAAUUAUUUUUGUUUGUUUGUUUGUUUGUUUAUUUGUUUUCCCCUCCUGUCACGCCUGACUGCAACAGCGGACAAAUCCUGAGCAGAAGGUCACAACUCGGAGCGCAUCUCUCGUAUCCUCUGUCCUUUCUCCCUGCCAUCUCCUCACCAGCCAUCAGCACUGUUUAUUCCUUACAGGAGUUUUAUCAUCAGCUAUCAUCACAAACAUUCAGUACACAAUCAAGGACAAGUUUAUCGUGCCUGAGCAGUUUUUUUUUUUUUAAAGCUCUUUUAAAUCAUUUUUGCAUCUUUUUUUUUUUAAACGACCAGUGCCCAUAAAAUGUCAAAAUAUUUUUGUACCACAUAUUGUAUAGAUACCAUAUUUAUAAGCUAUAAAAGGAAGAAAACUUGUAAAUCUCUCCAUGAUAUCCUUGCAGUGCUUUUACCAGUAUGCUUUCAAUAUAUGCUUUGUUCUAUUUUUCUAUUAAAAAAAAAAAAAAGGUAAGACAGCGAAAGUACAGCGACAAUCCGAAUAAUCUGAACAUCAGAAGACGAAAUUCACAGGUGUCUGUCCUGUUAGUGUGAAAAGUCCAGUUUUACAGAUACACUGGUAUUAUUUUACAACCAUUAAGUGUGGUGUUAAGCACACAGUCCUGGCUUUUUAGUCCUGGAGUGUUAGUGUAAACGUGGGUUGUUGGGUUUUUUUUUUCUUUUUUUUUUUAAAUGCUUCAUGCAAGGACAGAAGUGCUGAUGGAUCAGCUCUGAUGCUUUUAAUACAUAAAUACCUACUUUUUUUUUAAUAUAAACAUUUUCAUUUUGUGGUCGAAUCUGGACUUUUAAACUAAUUAUUAUUAUUAUUAUUAUUAUUUCUGUGAUGCUUUGCAUCUUCAUCACGCUUUAUACCAUCAUGGAAGUAAAGUGAGUGUGGUUAAUGAUUUUAUCUGUUACUUUAAUCAAGUAAGGGACAUUUAGCACCAGCACAAAUAUUUUACUCUUCUUGCUUCCGAGAUUUUAAUAACCUCUUUAACCACCUGUUUGGAAUUAUAUUUUGGAGAGACUGCACACAAUAAGCAUCACACAUCUACAGGUUGAUUUACGUAGACAAUCAGCAUGUUGCGUCUGAUCUGAUCUGAUCUGCUCGGCAGUUCGGUUUCAUAUAGUGUUCAGCAUUGAGGUGGUGUUUUGCUCAGUGAGCUGUCGCCCUAUCCAAAAAUGCUCCUAGGUAAUCUUUUAUUUCUUUUCUGAUUAAUUUGGUGUCCUUAAGUUUAACUCUACAGUUCCAGUCACGCUGCUGCCUUUUUCCUGCUGCCCAAAAUCCACUGCAUCCUUCACUGUGAUCAAUCUGAAAUGUUCUCAUGCGGUACAAUCAGAUACAUAUCCGUUUACAUUCUUUACAAAUUUCUCCUGAUAAGCCCUUGAUGAUCUCUUCCUACUGCAAGGGCUCUUGGGUCAUUUUCCCUUCUCGGUCUAUCCAGCAUUUGAUUAUCAUCCAGUCAAACCAGCGUUGUUGUCAGGCAAUAUUCUCAGUCUUCUACUGCACUUUAGAGUACCUCGGCUUAGUUACCGGUACGGCAACGCGCAAGUCUGAAACCUGCGUGAAUGUGUGACAGAGUUCUCAAAGAAUCAUUUUAUUAGGUGCCAUUGUAGUUUUUGUGGUUGUUAGUAAUGCAUCGUUGAAAGAAAAAUCAAACAUCAAGAGGCUACCAAAGGUGUGAAACUCUCUCUUCAGGAUCAGGCCUUACUGUUUCACUUUAAUUCAUAGUUUUUGAAGCAAAGGCUUUUUUCCUCUGGCCUCUCCAGCAGAGCCUGUCUGAAAAUAAAAUAAGUCAGAGAUGUUUAAGUUCAGACUGUACGACGGAGGCGGUGUUUAUAAAAGUGGACGUAUUGAAAUGACGGUCGAAGAGCGAGCUGCUUCAUGCUGCCAUGGAAGAGUAAAACAUUAAGCACUUUGGCUCCUGCAUGGAGGAUCAUAGCAGAGAGUUGAGAUGGAGAGUGAAGGACAGUUGGGCCUGUUGAUGUAAGACACUUUUCUUGCCAUCAUUAGUUGGGUGUUUUUUGUUUUGUUUUUUAAAUACCACAGUGCUUUGCAAGGAUGUAUUCCAAGGUGACCAACAUUUGGUUAGUAAUAAGUCAUGUAUUUCGCUAUUCCACUAACUCGACUAUUUUGUACAUUGAUCGCUUUACAUGUAAACAUUGUAUAAAAUGGACAUGUACAGCCCAUUCAGUAACUACUAUAAGCUGUUGUAACAAAUGAAAAUGAUUUUUUUUUAAAUAAAAAUGAGAAGUUUUAA